GGCAGCGGCCGCCAUAUUGCGGGAGUGCUGGGGCCGGCACUGGUGACGGGCGGAGGCGGAGCGGGACCGGACCCGGUGGGCAGCAGACUAAUUACUGAUUGGACUUCAUGAGCAGAGAGCCCUGAGACUGCUGCACUCCCCAGCCCUGUUCCUUCCAGCAUGGACCAGGAUUAUGAGAGACGUCUGCUGCGCCAAAUCAACAUACAGAAUGAGAACACCAUGCCCUGUGUAGCAGAGAUGAGAAGGACCCUGACGCCUUCCAAUUCUCCAAUGUCAUCUCCCAGUAAACAUGGAGACAGAUUCAUUCCCUCGAGAGCUGGCGCCAACUGGAGCAUCAACUUCCACAGAAUAAAUGAAAAUGAAAAAUCACCAAGUCAGAACAGAAAAGCAAAGGAUGCUACGUCAGACAAUGGCAAAGAUGGCCUUGCUUAUUCUGCCCUGCUGAAGAACGAGCUCCUGGGAGCAGGGAUUGAGAAAGUGCAGGACCCACAGACAGAGGACAGGAGGUUGCAGCCUUCCACUCCGGAGAAGAAAUCUCUCUUCACUUAUUCCCUCAGCACCAAACGUUCCAGUCCAGACGAUGGCAAUGAGGUCUCACCGUAUUCCUUGUCUCCUGUCAGCAACAAAAGUCAGAAGCUGCUCAGGUCGCCUCGAAAACCAACUCGGAAGAUCUCCAAGAUUCCUUUCAAAGUGUUGGAUGCCCCAGAACUGCAGGAUGAUUUCUACCUGAACCUGGUGGACUGGUCCUCUCUGAACGUGCUCAGCGUUGGCCUCGGGACGUGUGUUUACCUAUGGAGUGCUUGCACCAGCCAGGUGACCCGGCUGUGUGAUCUCUCUGUGGAAGGAGACUCUGUGACGUCCGUGGGCUGGUCAGAACGGGGGACUCUGGUAGCUGUUGGCACUCACAAGGGCUUUGUACAGAUCUGGGAUGCGGCUGCAGGAAAAAAGCUCUCCAUGCUGGAGGGACACACAGCCAGAGUUGGGGCCCUGGCAUGGAACGCAGACCAGCUGUCUUCUGGGAGCAGAGACCGAAUGAUCCUCCAGAGGGACAUCAGGACCCCCCCCCUGCAGUCGGAGCGGCGGCUCCAGGGCCACAGGCAGGAGGUGUGCGGGCUCAAAUGGUCCACAGACCACCAGCUCCUGGCAUCUGGGGGGAAUGACAACAAGCUCCUCGUGUGGAACCAUUCCAGCCUGAGCCCCGUGCAGCAAUACACGGAGCACCUGGCUGCAGUGAAAGCCAUCGCCUGGUCUCCACACCAGCACGGCCUCCUCGCCUCCGGCGGCGGCACCGCGGACCGCUGCAUCCGCUUCUGGAACACGCUGACAGGGCAGCCCCUGCAGUGCAUCGACACCGGCUCCCAGGUGUGCAACCUGGCCUGGUCGAAGCACGCCAACGAGUUGGUGAGCACCCACGGCUACUCGCAGAACCAGAUCCUGGUCUGGAAAUACCCCUCCCUCACUCAAGUGGCCAAGCUGACGGGGCACUCGUACAGAGUCCUGUACCUGGCGAUGUCCCCAGAUGGGGAGGCCAUCGUGACAGGAGCUGGAGACGAAACCUUGCGGUUCUGGAACGUCUUCAGUAAAACUCGCUCCACGAAGGAGUCCGUAUCCGUUCUGAACCUCUUCACCAGGAUACGGUAAAACCCCCCCACGCUGCGGCCCAGGAGAGCCCAGCCUCACGCAGCAGGAUGGAACCACUGCUUUGGUGUGCAUGGGACCCCAGAGAGCAGCCGGGAGGGGAGGGAGCCCCGCUGGGCCUGGAGGACGGAGCCACAGGCACUGAUUAAACAGUGCUGGUGAACGGCGCUGGGACAGCGUUUGGCUGGGGCUGGGGGUGGGGGGUGGGAGGGAACUGCCCAAGGUUCAUGGAUUCGUCCUUUGUCGAAGGGGUGCGGGUGGAAGAGGUCGAAGCGGCGCCCUCCAACCCUUGUUUUUUCUUUUGUACUGGAGAAAACGUGUUUACAUGGAGCACUGAGAGCGGACCAAGGCCAUCCCAACUGCUGUGUUGUAAGCUCUUAGGAGAGACGAGAGUAUCCUUGCCCCUGUGGGGCAAUGCCCCGGCUGAGCCUUGGCCUCUCUGCUAUCUAAAGGCACUCGUUAGAGCCUGGGGUCCCCGUUGCACCAGAGAACCACUUAUUUCCUCCGAAUGAAGCAGGUACCGCAGUGCUGCUCCAUGAGGCUGCUGGGUUCUGGCCCGUUUACCAGCCCCUCCAAACCUAACUUAACAUCUUUGAAGAGGCUUCACCUCGGAGGGCAUGCGCUCAGAGCAGCUCCAAAUGGCUGUGGUGUGUUUUAGGCCAGUCCUUUAUUUAACAGAGAGGGGAAAGAAAACCAAACAAAAACAAAACAACCAAACACUGGCUUUCAAAAGCGAAGCGGUGUGCAGGCGGAGCUGCCCGGCUGCGUGCUGGGCUGGUUCCUGAGGACGGCCUCCCGAGGACAAAAGCAGUUGCGAUGAGCUUGAGAAACAAAACCACUCCUGUGGGGUCUGGUUUAUUUCAGAGGGAGCCCGGCCUCUUGUGGCUGGAAGGAAGGGGGGAAACGCCGCGCCGGGGUGAGAGGGGGGCUCUCUGUGUGAAGCCAGGCUGAAUUUGGUGCCCUUUUGUGUUUUGGUUUUUUUUUUUUUCCUUUCUGUUUUUUAAUCUCCUCGUCGAUGCCGGGGGACCUGUUGAUUUUCUUUGGUGUUGAAGCUGUGUGGAAGAGAGUCUGUGUCUGCGCCCGGGGUGCUGAGUGCCGCGGGCUGUGCUGCAAAGCGCUCACGUGUUGCUUUUAAUUUAAGGAGAAGCUGUUCUGCUUGCAGCAGCCUGUUCUGUCUCCCCGCGUCUGUGUGCCAACGCUGUGUCCUCCCUCCCGCAGCGCCUCUGCUGGCUGUUCCUCUCCUCGGCGUUUCCCUGGCUGUGUACAUAGACCUCGACCUGUUCCGUAGGCUGUAGGGGCAGCGCUUCUGUGGCUGCACGGCUGUGAGCCGCCGCCUCCAGCAGCCCCUCCUGUAUCACUGCGGUGUUGUUCUACAAACCCAUGUUGGCACAACCGCCCUGUUCUGGCAGCAGGAGCGCAGCACUCGGUUCGGGCUCUGACUGAAGGCCUCCCGAUGCAUCUUCCUUGAUUUAUUUUUUGUUUUUGGCACUGUUUAACGUGGUGGUGGAGCACGGAGUGGAUUUGAUGGGCACGGAUCCCAGCCAGCGCAGGUUGGGGGCUGCUUGGGUGUGGGGUGGGGGCUCAGCUGUUGUGUGGGAGCUGAGGGGGGCAGGGGGCGAGUGGGGCUGCGUGCCCUCAUGGAGCAGGGAAAAGAGGAAAGCCUUCAUCUGCGUUGUCUGUGAGCAGGGGGCAGCCCGGAGUCUGUGUGCCAGUCUGUGACCGUGUGGCGUUGUUAGAUAUACAGCAUCGUGUGGUGGGGAGGGGGGAAAGAAGAAAGAAAAAAAAGAGGAACAGAAACAAGUAUUGAGUUGUAACUUUUCCAUGUAAAGCGUUCUAACUGGCAUUAAACUAGUUGUGAAUUGACA